AUGUCUCCCAAAAAGAUGCAAAAUUUCGUAGCCCCAAAAAAUCCAAAGCAUGACUCCUAUGUUACUACGAGGCCACUGAAAGAAUGGCAUUUAAUAAACGCCUACGUUUGUAAUUUGUUAAAGACCAACCCGAUAUUGUCAGAAAAAGAUCUCCUUGGAAUCGCCUCCCGGAGACCUGAAAGAGAAAAUUGGCUCGAAAUUGCCAAAAAGGCUAUUCAACGUAUGCGUGACGAUGAAAAGAUCGAAGCGAAUAAAGCUGAAAUUCGGCAGAAAGAAAUUAUUCAACAGCAGCGAACUGCUACUUCUGCGGUUGAACUCGUCACCAUUGAGAUUGACAAAUUACCACGCAAACAUGUCCUAGAUGCAGAUGGCGAUGAAAAAAAGAAUGCCGAAGCUACAAUUCUGGCAAAAAAG